CUCAAGUCGAGGCAGACAUUUUUCAAUGCAAGAUUUUUUUUCUUGCAUAAAUUAUGUUCAUGACGUAGUGCAAAAGGACAAUUUUGGGGCAAUUUUGUCCGACUUUACAGCUCUGGGGGGAUUCCGGGAGACAUCUGGAGGAUUCCUGAUGGUGUGAACUGUUGCAGAAAGGGCACCGUCAUUAAAUAUUAAGGCAGAGGAGAUCCUAACAUUGCAGCCCUCCUUAUCAAUGCAAAUAGCUCUCUUUUGUGUGCAGUCACAGCGCCUGUCUGGGAGCUGAGAUGAAUUUCUAAUGAUGUGUGACUGAAACAAACUGUGACAAGGAGCAUUUUAAGAGCGGCGGAUUACGGGAAAUAAGCUGCAUUUCCGCGGAUGCCUGCAAGACAUUGUCUAAGUUGGUGCAGCAAGCCAUGAACUCCCAGGAUCUUCCUGCCCAAGAUGGCCCGCUCACUGUCAAUGAGCAGGUUAUUGUCAUGUCCGGUCAGGAGACAAUUCGUGUACUAGAAGUCGAGGUUGACGCAUGUCUGCCGUCUUCGGUACCCGAUGGGAAGAAUGAGGGCAAAACUGCUGAGGAGGAAAUGGGUCAGUGUGCAGAGAAAGCUGAAGCUGCCAGCAUCCAGAACAGCCCCACAGCGCCCCACGGCACUGGGGAAGCAGUGGUCGGUGAGCAGCAGGGGGCGUCUGCUGAUGCGUCGGCUGCUGCUGUCCAAACAGUGAAUCCUGCAGCUCCGCUCAGAGUUUCCAUAGCCCAACCCCAGGCCACCAUGCCCAUUACAGUACAAGGUUGUCCACAGGUUCUGACCCAGGAAGGCCUGGCCACUUUGAUGACUGGUAUGAUGGCUCAGACGGGUUCACUGGGUCAACCGCUGCUUAUUCCCCUCAACAUUGCCGGUUCCAUCGCCGGCCAGGGCGGCUUAGCGGUUUUCACUCUGCCAACCACCAACGUAGCCACUCUCCCUGGCCUCGCAGCUGCAAACCCAGCUGGGAACCUCCUCAAGCUGCCCUUUGCUGGCCUACAGGGUAAAACACUUCUGAACUCAGUCCAGCCCCAGCUGCAGGCAAAUGCACAGGCAAUGUUCCAGCCUCAAGCAGCACCUGUACAGCCGGUGCAGACGUCUGUGCAGCAGGUGCCUCCUCAGCAAACUCAAGUCACCAACGCACAGGUCACUAACGCCCAGGCGACGGCUGCCCAGGUGACCUCUGUGGCCAACACCAUCUCCCAGCCCAACAUUUCCGUGGCAGCACUUCAGACAGCAGGACUGUCCAUCAACCCGGCCAUUAUAAGUGCUGCUUCUUUGGGUGCACAGCCUCAUUUCCUCAGUUCUCUCACAUCAACCCCCAUCAUCAACAGCACCAUGCCCAGUAUGGCUGGCAUCACCAGCCAGAUCAUCACAAACGCCCAGGGUCAGGUGAUAGGAACCCUUCCUCUGCUGUUGAACCCAGCAUCUCUGGCUGGAGGAACCACAGCUCCCUCUCUGUCCCUGCAGGGUCUGCAGGUCCAGACCAUCGCCCCACAGCUGCUCCUCAGCACCCACGGCCAAAUUAUCGCAACGAUGGGAAACGGACCUGCUGCCGUUGCAACUUCUGCUGCAGUUCUGCCCAAAACUACAGCUCCUCCUACAGUUAACAAACCAAACGCUCAGCCGUCUGCACUGAAGACCUCGACCGCGCUCACCUCAGCAGCACCCAUCGCCUGUGGAGACAUGGCCAAAGUGGGGCAGCUUGUCAGCAAGCCCCAGCAGGCAGUCAGCAGCGAGGAAGGGAUUAAUUUGGAGGAAAUCCGAGAGUUUGCCAAGAACUUCAAGAUCCGUCGGCUGUCGCUGGGCCUCACGCAGACACAAGUAGGGCAGGCCCUCACUGCGACGGAGGGUCCGGCGUACAGCCAGUCUGCCAUUUGCAGGUUUGAAAAGCUUGACAUCACCCCCAAGAGCGCUCAGAAGCUAAAACCGGUUUUAGAGAAGUGGCUGGCUGAGGCCGAGCACUGGAACCAGAAAGGCCAGCAGAACCUAAUGGAAUUCGUUGGCGGCGAACCGUCCAAAAAGCGCAAACGGCGCACCAGUUUCACGCCGCAGGCGAUCGAGGUCCUUAACUCCUACUUUGAGAAGAACGCUCUGCCCACAGGCCAGGAGAUUACAGAGAUCGCAAGAGAACUGAAUUAUGACAGAGAGGUGGUCCGGGUCUGGUUCUGCAACAGACGACAGACACUGAAGAACACGAGCAAGAUCAACGUCUUCCAGGUUUAGGAACAACCUCAUUCUCAUCCUCAUUAGGGUGGGUAGAAAGUUGAGUUUGUUUUUUUUUUAUAAAUAAAAAGCAAGAAAAUUGUAAAGUUGUGUAUGAAAAACGAGUUAGAACUGUGUUCUCAGGUUGUGUAUGUGAACACAGUUUGGUGCAUACUCAGUUACACUGCAUGGUCCUUUUUGUUUUACAGUUUUACACUGCAAAAACACAAAAUCUCACCAAGUAAUUUUAGUCUAGUUUCUGAUGCAAAUGUAUCAGUACAUUGAAUGAGAAAAAACUAACUUACAAAUAACUUUUCAGCUGGAAAUAUGAGGUUUUACUUGUUACAUUGGCAGAUUAUUUCACUUAUAACACAACGUUUUUUCAUGUUAUGCCUGAAAUAAUCUAAUGGAACAAAGGAAAGGAGUUAUUGACUUAAAACAAGCUCAUAUUUCUUUCAGAAAUCUUAUAGACAUUUGCGCCUGAAACAGGACCAAAAAUACUUUUAUGUCAAGAUUUUGUGUUUUUGCAGUGUAACAUGCCAUAUUUAAGAAACUUGAUCUACCUUUUUUUAAUAAGUGGUUUUAUAAGCUAACCCUUCUCAUAUAUUUUAAGUGUUUGUACAGUAUCGGUUUUGUUCUUUUGUAUGUUAUUCUGUCAUUAGCAUGUUUGAAAAAUAUGCAGAAUAAUAGGACAGUUUUAGCUGGAGGUUCGUCAGACUCUGAAAAGGCAAUAACCUUAUUUUCAGUUUUAAGUGAAACACCAGUUACUUUAAUUCUGCCCAGCGCUUUGGGACAAUCACCUCUUUGAUAGAUAAUCAGAAACACGAGAUUGUUCUUUCUCAUUUGGUCAAACUGCGUGAACUUAGUCACAAUCUCAGUUUUGAUUACAUCGGACGCUGCAGACACACCAGGUUUGUUGUACACUAAAACUGUGGGUGUCUCUUUUUCAUGUGUCAUGGCUGAAUGUGUGACUUUGGCGACUAUGAUGCAUGAAUACACCAAUCUGUCUGUUGGACAUUAUUUUUAAGUGCUUGUUCUGUUCAAAGGGUAUUUUGCCUCAUUACCUAAUAUCUUUAACUUACAGUUAGGAAUAUAUUUAUUGGCACCUCUGGUAAAGAUGUAUUAAGAAGCCCUAAAAUAAAUUAAUCUUUCAAUGCAGUAGCUUAAAUUCACCCUGAAAAUGUAUUCAGUGGAGAAAAACAACCCACAAAUAUUAGUUCCUCUGAUGUAAUAACUCAGUUUAUAUGCAGAGGUCACCAGAUUUCUGAUUAAAUUCACCUUUUAUUUUAAACAGUUUCUUUGAAAGAGCUUUUAUCCAUAUUUAUUCUUUGGCUCACUACAAAUAUUUGUGGUGAAAAGUUAAUUCUAUGUAUCUUUUUACCAAAACAUUUUUAUGUUUGUAAGGAUAAAUUAAGCUUUUCUCUGCUAUAUUUCUCAUACAAACGGUUGCCAUGGAAACUUGGUGACUUGUAUUUGUAGGUCUUUAAAUGUGAGCGUCAGAGUUUUAUUUUAGUAAGGUAAAUUUGGAUUCUUAUCCAGCCUUGCAACUAAAAUAAAUUCCUCCCUGUGUUAUGCUUUAUUCAUAACAGAAAGUCAAUGAUUACUAGAUAAUAGAGAUAAAUAAAAAAUACUAAUUUAAAAAAUAUCCUCCAAUUAUGUUUAUUUGAGAAAGAAUUGUUAGUAUGGUUUUUGAAUGUACUCAAAUUAAAAGUUAUAUCUACAAUGGGCUUAUUUUAAAGCUAUUUGUUAACAGGAGUGCCAACAAAUUCAUCCUAACUGGCCUGUAUGGAGCCUAAUAUAAUUUAAUGUAGAUAUCACUAUCAAGUUUUUUGAUGUUCCUUGUAAAAUUUGAAAUCAAACUCCUUAAACUAAUAAUAAUAAAAAACAUUAUCAGCUUAGCUGCGUGGAGAAAUACAGAUUGUUUGGUUAGAAUAUUCAGUUUGAACAAAUUUAUGGACACUUCACAUGGAAACUUACUUUGGCAUUUCUCUUUAUCCUUGCCGUUGUUUAAGGAUUUGUUUGCACUUUAGUGAAAGCAGGGAAAGUGAAUGAGCCGCUUGCAAUCACAAUUUCAGUCUAGUACCAGAUUUACGUGUUUUGUUAAAAAAGAAAGAGGUUUUUGUUUACUGCUAUCGAUUAGUAAGACACUUUUGCAAAAUGUAGCAGUAGCCUACUGGCAAAAUGGCCAAACACAUUUAUUUACUAUAUAUGCAGAUGAAAAAAAAAAGUAAAUUCUAACAAAAUUUUUACUAAUAUGCAUAAAUACAAAAUGUUUUGAGUUUGUGAAAUCAUAUCUUAUGCUCUAUCUCAUGGUUGCCUUAUGGAUAACUUUGGGCUUUUAAUGCAGAAUAGCUAAACAUAAAAACAUGAGCCUUGCUUUAAAAUGUCUACCUUCCUGCUCAGCAAUUUAAAAAAAUAUAUAAAAUUAUGUUUAUUGUAGUAAGUUAUGUAAUAAAGAAAAGUAAACGCAUUAUUUCAGAAUAAAUAAAAGGUACUACUCAGUUCACUUAGCAAGCUGCUGAAGUUUCAGAUCUCCACAAAAUAAACAUUUAAUGAUUUUUGUCCUUUUCUUUGUCAAAAGAAUAAACCAUCUUUAACAAAUA